AUUUGGAAAUAUGUUCACAUUUCUUAAAUAUUCAUAUGAUAUAUAUAUUAUUUAAACUAUGGACUUGGAGAAAGAUUUCGAGAAGGAAGCUCCCCUUGAGCAGCAGCAUCCCUCCUAUAAGCUGAUCCCAAAAUUCUUCAAUCCUUCCCAACAAUCUGGAGAUCAGAUCCAGCAGAUAGAAACCCAAGGGAUUGAGCUUCAGGCCAAGGUCAAGGAGCUGCUCGACGUUGAAGAAUUGGAGGAGUUGUGGGAGACGCUGGAAUGGCAUGUGACCGAAAUAACACAAAAUGAUAAAAUGCUAAUCGAUUUCGAAAACUAUUUGGAGAUGAUUUCCGUAAUGGAUGCUAAAUUUAGGGAAUUCAUUAAUGUGCAACUCUUCUUCGAUCUUAUGAAUGAAUCCGAAUUCGAGGAAAGACUGGAGAUUGUAUCCAUCUAUAAUCAUACGAUCCGUGCGAUAAGGCUUGCCCGGGCACGCAUCUGUCUGUGCUAUUACGAUCAAUUAGGAAUGGGAUAUCUAAGUGAAACCGAUCUGGAGAGCUUUAUUGUGGACAUGAAAACAUUAUGGAGUCAGCCCCCGUUGGAGAAAUUCUACGUGUGCACCGUGGUCAAGAUGGUCUUUUUCUUCCUGGACAGUCUGCACACGGGACGUGUGCGAAUAAGUGACAUUGAAUCCUCUGGAAUGAUUUCGGAAAUUAUGGAGGAGAAACACUCCUUCUCCAAGGCAGCCAUAUUGGAAGUUUACGAAAAGUUCCUGGAACUGGACAAGGAUCACAAUGGCAGGCUGAGCAAAAUGGAGAUGUGUGUCUAUGGUUCUGGUCUUCUGACAACUCUCUUCCUGGAUCGAGUCUUCGAAGUGUGUCACACUUUUAAUGGGGAAAUCGAUUACAAAACAUUCUUGGAACUCUUUCUGGCUCUGGAAUAUCGUCAAACUGCCGCAGGUCUGCGCUAUAUUUUCCAUAUUCUGGACGUUAAUCAGCAGGGUUAUAUAACUUCUGAAACUUUGCGCUUGUAUUUCUACACCAAAACCCAUAAUGGUUAUCAAGCGGAAUAUACUUUUAAGGAUCUCAAUAAUAAGAUUUUUGAUAUGGUCCAGCCAAUGGAUCCUUCCAAAAUAACCCUUAGGGAUCUGAUUAACUGUCGAGAAGGGAAAGCUGCGGUCUCCUUGAUAAUUGAAUUUCAAAAAUUCGUGGCCAACAAGGACACUGAGAGUGCGGUGUAUAUUAAAUAUCCAAAUUCCAACGAGCAGCCACAGCGGCGAGACACUCCUGCGGUGACAACAUUAAGCCAAAUUUAAUUAAAUCCCCGGUCCUGGCUCCUUUCGAAAUGUAUUCAUUUUUUGUAUUGUCUGGCAGCAAAUUCAAUGUGUAAAGUUGCUUAAAUAUUUCGGAUAA